GUCGCUGAUUUCACGAAGUAAACAAAUUCCGUUUCCGCUUCCUUUACUGCCUCGAAUUUGAGACAUGGCGCAGGGCAAGAAUAAACGACUCACCAAAGGUGGCAAAAAGGGUGCCAAGAAAAAGAUUGUUGACCCUUUCACAAAGAAGGAUUGGUAUGAUGUGAAAGCACCAUCUAUGUUCAAUAUUCGUCAGAUUGGCAAGACACUGGUCACUAGAACACAAGGGACAAGAAUUGCCUCUGACGGUCUGAAAGGACGUGUCUUCGAGGUGUCUCUUGCCGAUCUUCAGAACGACGAAAUCACAUUCAGGAAGUUCAAGCUGGUGGCUGAGGACGUGCAGGGCAGGAAUGUGCUCACCAACUUCCAUGGCAUGGACCUCACAAGGGACAAGCUGUGCUCCAUGGUCAAGAAAUGGCAGACCAUGAUUGAGGCCCACGUUGAUGUGAAGACCACAGAUGGCUACCUGCUCCGCAUGUUCUCUAUUGGCUUCACCAAAAAGAAGCCUUACCAAGUCAAGAAGACCUGCUAUGCCCAACAUGCACAGAUCAAACUGAUCCGUAAGAAGAUGAUGGACAUCAUUACCAGGGAAGUGUCAUCCAAUGACAUGAAAGAAGUAGUAAACAAAUUGAUCCCAGACAGCAUUGGCAAGGACAUAGAGAAGGCCUGCCAGGGCAUCUAUCCUCUCCACGAUGUCUUUAUCAGGAAGGUCAAGGUCCUCAAGAAGCCCAAGUUUGAUGGUAUGUAGUCACUACUGGACCAAUGUGGCCCAAGUUUGAUGUGGGCAAGCUGAUGGAGCUGCACGGUGAGGGCGGAGGCAAGACCAUCGUCACGGAGACCGGAGAGAAGAUCGAACGGGCAGACAACUUUGAACCACCUGUGCUCGACUCUGUAUAGACACUUACUAAGCACCUUCACCUGUGAUGAGGCAAAGAAAAUAAAGAGAAAAAUACCUGAA